AGCUGUAGCAGUAUAUUUCAAUUGUCACCCUACAACUUAGAAGUUAACGGCCGUGUGUAACUUCGAACUUUGGCUCUCUGCUGAGUGAUGGGGUUUAAGAAACAACUGUCGGGUUUGGGUUUUCAUUUUCAAUCACAGUUUGCUUCCUGAUUUUACAAAGACUUCAACUUUCUGAAGCUUUUUUGGGUCCACUUUUCUGCUUCCUUUGGUCUCCUCAAGGUUCAAAGAUUUCAUGGCUGCCUGUAACUUAGGGACAUUAAAUAUAAAAAUUUCUAACCUGAACUUUGGUAGAAGAAGAGCUGGGUCCUUACAAUUUUACAACAUGAGGACUUCAGCAGGGCAAAGACCACUACAAUAUGCAGGUUGCAUAAUAUCAAGAUCAUCAAAGAGAUUGUUGAGCGUUUGCAGGGGUUCAUCAUUAGAAACUCUGUCUGCUACAACUUUAGAAGACAGUUCUGAAGAGAAUAAAUAUUCUGGUUCCAGAAGCCAGCUCAUUCCAAAUUUUGAUGAGGUAGAAUCUCUCCUGACAAAAAUAUGUGACACAACUUCAAUUGCAGAGUUUGAAUUAAAACUUGGGGGGUUCCAGUUGCAUUUGUUGAGGGACUUGACUGGAAAAAUCAGUACUGCACCAAUCCCAAGUCCUGUUCCUGUCAGUGCAAGUACAACAGCUGAAGAACCGGCUUCAAAUGGGUCUGUUUCUUCAGAAUCGUUAGCUAUAAUGAAGCCGCCAACUUCUUCAAGGGAUAUCCAAACUAUGCUAGAUAAUCCGGCAGAUGAAGGUUUGGUGAUAAUUCGGUCUCCAAGGGUAGGGUUUUUUAGGAGAUCUCGGACCAUAAAGGGGAAGCGUGCUCCACCGCCAUGUCAGGAGAAGCAAGUAGUGGAGGAGGGCAAAGUGAUCUGCUUUGUAGAACAGCUUGGAGGAGAGCUCCCAAUUGAGUCUGAUGUAACUGGGGAGGUGAUCAAGAUCCUAGUAGAGGAUGGUGAUCCUGUUGGAUAUAACGACGCUCUCAUUGCCAUUCUACCCUCAUUUCCCGGGAUUAAGCUUCAAUAGAUUAUCGGGAUGAUGUUGUUUGAUUUACACUUUGUGGAAGAGAACUCUUUUUCGAGAUUGGUUUAUUCAUUACUGCAACACCAUCGAACACUAAUAUAUUGCUAGCUAUAUAUUUUAUGCCAUUUGUACCUAAAUGUUUGGAAAAUAUUUAUUAUAACUGGAAAUUAUAAUAAAUUUUCACUCUUAAUUUUUCUUCUUUU